UCACUAUUUUGAUUAUUUCUUUCAUUGAGAAACAAAUUCCAAAGAUAACUUUAAUGGUAGUGUAAAUUUUUCACCACACCAGUAACUGAUUGUGUCUCGACAACACCAGAUUUUGAAAAAUAAAAAUCUGAUUUUUUGUUUUGGAAUAUAAAAGAAAAUUAUGACAUCGAAGAAUAGAUAAAAAAAAAGAGCAGUUAGAAAUACAGUGUGUUUUCAUUUUUUCGAUUUAAAAAAAAACGAUUUGAAAACAAAAAUGACGUUUAAUAAUUAUAUUCUAGGAAUACUUGUUCUUGUCUAUUCAUUGACUGAUGUUGUGCUGGGUGAAGGGAAACUUUCGAUUAACCUGUUAAACUAUAAUAAUUUUGGAGGCACAACCUAUGGAGGGCACUGUUGUGACGGGUAUAGCUUCGCCGGAUCCGGGUGUUUUGUGGGAAUAUGUGACCAUAGGAUUACACUCUGUGUAUCGGAUUCCAACAGUCCGUCUUAUUUCUGUGACAUUGGCACGAGAUACAUCACUGCUCCGAGCAACGAAAAUGUGAACACUUUCACACCAGCUGAUGCUCAACGAUUCUCUUUAAAGUCAUGGCCGACUGGAGGAGAAGUUAAGAUUGUGGUGACAGUGGAAGAUAUUGAUACAAAUACUACCAGUGGAGAAUUGAUAUAUCAACUGGUUGACAUCCUGAAGACCACGGUUAAAGUUGGAACACCAGAAUUCAAUAACUCAUUGGCAACACCAACAACGUUGAACUUGACCGGUACAAGAUACACCAACGAACCACCGACAAGUUUGUCAAUGAGCUACUCUGUCACAUAUGACACCUAUGAUAGCUACUAUCUACCAAUUGGAGGGAGCCAGACUAAAACUUGUAGAGGAACCAAUGAGUGUGGGAACCAUUCCUGGUGUACACAGACCAAUGGGAAUGUUUGCUUGUAUGGAUGGGAGGGGCCAAAUUGUAACACACCUACUCCAGGUGGACGAGCCGACUGUAGUAUUGAUGCAGACCUUGAUGUGUUCAUACCUGGUAGAUGGGAAGGAGAAUUCAGAUGCCCCGCAGACUGUGGUUCGAACACCAGUGUUACUUUAGAUCUUACCCAGUCUGUAUCCAAUGAGAUAUCAGGAAACAUACUCGUUCACCAACAAAAGAUCCCGGUGAUGGGCUCAUAUGCUUCAUAUACUAAAUACCUUACAUUACAGAACAAACGACCCGUGUUGACAAGUGUUGGCGGAGAAACUUAUACGCAGGUUGAGGUGAACGGAAAACUAACAUCGUCGUUGAAUAUGAUUGGUGCCGUCAUGUUUGUAUCGAACCUGCAGAAAGCAUCGUGCCAUGGCACUGAGAGUAACCUCAAAGAAACAUGUGUCAUGUACAUGAGGAGAACAGCUGCAUAUUUUGAUGGCUGCAAUGGACAUGGGCAGUGUUGGAGAUAUGGCCCACAUAGAAAUGACUUUAUGUGCUGCUGUGACAAAGACUAUGCUGGGGAUAGAUGCGAGACUCACCUAACAACUACAACAACAACAACUACCACCACAACUACGACUACAACUACCCCCACCCCAACAACCACAAAACCGUCAACCUCCACUACCACUCCUACAACAACUUCGACUACAACAACAACCACACCAUCAACAACAACAAGUACUUCAACAACAUCAACUACUACGACCCCAUCCACAACUUCGACAACCUCAACUUUGGCACCAACAAGUUCAUCCACCACUGUUAAGGCUACUACAUCUACAUUACCAUCAACUUCAACAAAGGUCACAUCACCAACAACUUCAUCGACUACCAGAUUACCUUCAACCACAACCAAAGCUUUUACUGUAGCAGUAACCACAGCUUCGACAUCUGCCUCCACAUCAACCACAGCUUCUACAUCAACCGCUGCUCCUUCCACAGCUUCAACCACUAAAUCAACUACAAAGAGCACACCAACUUCAACAGUCAAACCAACAACGUCUUCUACCACUAGUACAACAGCUUCCACUUCAACAAGCACAUCCACUUCCACCUCUACAAGUACAUCUACAACCACUACCACACCAUCAACCACAACCCAAACUACAAAGCCUACAACUCAAUCCACCACUAAAUUGACAACACCGACAACGUCAACUACAGCAAGUACGUCAACAACAACAUCCAGCACUGUAACAACACCGACUACAACCAAGACUACAAAGACGUCCACAACAACACAACCGACAACAAGUACACAAAUGUCGACCAUUGCUUGUACACCAAUUCACAACUGUAGUGUACACUAUGGCUGUGGCCCGCAGGGACAGAAAAUCUGUGCACCGGGCUGGACAGGUGCUCACUGUGAUCAGCAAAUUAACCAAGGAUUAGCCGAUUGUGAUGUUUAUGACUUGGAUGUGUUUUUGCCGAGUGAAUGGAGAGGAAACUACACUUUUUGUUUACACAAGAAAAUUGGUGCAGCGGUCAUGGUUCUUGCCAAAGAUAUGGAACAACUAAAAGCGAGUACAUCUGUUGCUGUGAUGCUAUUUCUCAAAUUAAGUAUGGGUUUGAGCCCUGAUACGGACAUUCCUAUGGUUACACUACAAAGUGAGUAUACAGGCAACCACUGUGAGGUGGAGAUAACAACUUCUACGACAACCACAACCCAAGCAACCACCACCAUUAAACCAUGCACACCUGUGAACAACUGUACUGCACAUUACACCUGUGGACCGAGGGGCGAGAAAAUCUGUAGGACCGGUUGGACUGGUCUAAAUUGUGACAUUCUGAUAACAGACAGUCCUGCAGACUGUGAUAUAUUCAACCAGGAAGAAUUUAUACCCAGUGAGUGGGCGGGAAAUUACACGUGUCAAGAUGAUAACACACUGAUCUCUUUCCGCAUGAACAUUACACGAUCUUCGAGCAGCAUCGGGACUGUAGGAAAUCUUCUCAUCGCCCAGUCAACCAUUGGUGUCAUUGGAUCGUUUGCAUCAUUCUUUAAAACAUUUACAUUGCAAGGCCAGGACGAUGUUCCCAAUGCUAUCUAUAAUCGUAAUUUCACCAGCGUUGAGUUGAACGGAAUUUUACAAACGUCUACUUAUAUAACAGGAAAAAUUAUAUUUGCUCAGGGUGCCGGUAAAUACAACUGUGAUAUGGAACUGCGAAGAAAAGCAGUUUAUGUGGAUUGGUGUGGUGGUCAUGGGACUUGCUUUAGAUAUGGAUCACAAAAAAAUGAAUUCACUUGUUGUUGUGAUGCUGGUUACCUUGGUAAUACAUGUAACACCAAAGCUGUGGUACGUAGAUCAACGCACCUGACUACACAGACAACUCCACGGCCCACGUUACCUACGACAACCGUAGCUCCGAAGGCAUGUCUGAAUGCUGUAUCCAACUGUUCCAUGCACUAUCAUUGUGACUCACAUCGGAGGGUCUGUGUCGAUGGGUACACUGGGCCAGACUGUGGUCAGAUAAUACCAGGAGGGAAAGCCGACUGCAAUGCAUUUGACUCGGAUGUUUUUAUUCCAAGUAUAUGGAAUGGUAAUUACACAUGUGCAAGCGACAAUUACAUGGUGAAGUUCGUAAUGAACAUAACAAAAUCCUCGCAGGACCAGAUAGAUCUUGACGGCGACAUGUACAUCGCCAAUUCCAUUAUAACAACUGGCGGGUCUUUUGCAUCUGCGUUUAAAGUCCUGACUUUGCAAACUAAUGAUAUUAUUGAUAGAGAGAUUUUGGGCAAGAAUUUUUCAAAAGUGGAACUUAACGGACAAUUACGAUCCCCUGUUUUUAUUGAUGGGUUGAUGAUUUUCAAUGAUGAUAGUGGUAAAGUUACUUGCCCAGUUGAACUAAGGCGUGGUCCAAUAUUGGUUCAGUAUAACUGGUGUAACAAUAACGGAAUGUGUCACAGAUAUGGCAGCAAAAAAGAUGAGUAUAUGUGCUGUUGUGAUCAUGGUUAUGUUGGCCGUUACUGUGAUAUGACUACCUCCACUAGUACAACAACAACAACUACUACUACAACAACAACACCCAGCACCACUUCCACUACAACCACACCUACAACAACAACUACUCCAACAACCACACCUACCACCACACCCACAACCACGCCCACUACAACGCCCACUACAACACCAACAACCACGCCCACUACCACCACAAUGACGUCAAUUCCGUGCACGGCUGUAAACAACUGCACCGUUCAUUAUGGAUGUGGUCCUUAUGGACGUCAUGAAUGCUUGCCAGGGUGGACAGGGACAAAUUGUGAUACCAUUAUCCGCAUGGGAGAGGCAGACUGUGACUCCGUUGGUUCUUCAGAGUUAAUCCCCAGUGAAUGGACCGGAAAUUACACUUGUCCGGAUGACAAUAUUUCCGUCAUCUUUGUUAUGAACAUUACAAGAUCUGACAAAAUAGACACAACCGCUUCGGUCUCAAUUCAAGGUCACAAUUUUUCGAUGUCUGGCGCAUAUGCGUCUCAAUUUAAGUUCAUAACGCUCCAGAGUGACAGUGUAAUUACCGAGACUUUCGUUGGGAGAAACUUCACCGAUGUAGAAUUAAAUGGAAAAGUACAGACUAUGGUGUUAAUUGAUGGUUUUGUGAUAUUUACGACGGAUUCUGGAACCUUGUCAUGCCCUGUUGUGUUACGAAGGACUGCAGUGCAUGUUGACUGGUGUAAUGGACAUGGUAAUUGUCACAGAUACGGUCAGGCUCGAGACAGCUUCAGCUGCUGUUGUGAUCAAGGUUACAAAGGAGAUGCCUGUGAAAUCGGUCCAACAACAACAAGUACCACUACUACAACAACUACAACAACAACAACAACUCCGACAACAACAAUAACAACAAUUCCUUGCACACCCACUAACAAUUGUAAUAUGCAUUACUCGUGCGGACCCCAUGGGGAGAGGAUCUGUCUUCCAGGGUGGACAGGGGCGGACUGUGACAGUAUGAUAGCUGGGGGAAAUGCAGACUGUGACACAGUUAAUGACAUGGAGCUUCUACCGAGUGAAUGGACGGGCAAUUAUACAUGUAGAGAUGAUAACGCUAAUGUUUUUUUCUUUAUGAACAUUACACGAUCCGAUACAAUCAAUACUGUCGGGUCGGUAAUAGCCAACGGAUUGAAUUUCACGGUUCAAGGAGCUUUCGCCUCCAAAUUUAAGUUCUUAACUCUUCAAAACGAUGUAGCAAUUCCCGACUCACUUGGUGGCAGAAACUUUUCUGCCGUGGAAAUGAAUGCGGAACUUAAAUCGCCAGUACUUAUUGAAGGUUACAUAAUAUUUACGACCCCUACUGGAGCGUUCACAUGUCCAGUGCAAUUAAAGAGAAAUGCAGUGAAAGUUGACUGGUGUAACGGACAUGGUAUGUGUUACAGAAAUGGAAUAGAAAUCUACAAUGUAUCUUGUUGCUGUGAACAAGAUUACAAAGGACAUUUCUGUGAAAUGGGCCCAACAACAACAAGCACCACUACAACAACAACUACUACAACAACAACAACUCCGACAACAACAAUAACAACAAUUCCUUGCACACCAACUAACAAUUGUAGUACGCAUUACUCCUGUGGACCCCACGGGGAGAGGAUCUGUCUUCCAGGGUGGACAGGGGCGGACUGUGACAGUAUGAUCCCAGGGGGAAAUGCCGAAUGUGAAAAUUUCAAAACGCUAGUUCUCGUCCCGAGUGAAUGGAGUGGAAAUUAUACCUGUAAGGAUGACAACAUUAUGACAAUUUUUGCUAUGAACAUCACCAGAUCAGACAAGAUCGAUACCGCUGGAACCGUCUCCAUUCAUGGGCGUAACUUUUCUAUGUACGGAGCUUACGCCUCAUUGUUUAUGUAUUUAACGAUGCAGAGCGUCGGUGUUAUCAGGGAUGACGUUGCUGGUAGAAAUUUUACUAACGUAGAGCUUAACGCUAAUGUACAAAGUACAGUUUUUAUCGAGGGCUUUGUGAUAUUUACGUUGGAUAACGGAACUUUGAAUUGUCCGGUUGAGCUGCGGAGAACAGCAGUGACAAAGGAAUGGUGUAACGGACAUGGAUCUUGCUAUAGAAACAGUGGUGCUAUAGAUGAUAUAUCGUGUUGCUGUGAUACAGGUUACAAAGGAAGUCUGUGUGAGAUUGCACCCACUACAUCAACAACAACUACAACAACAACAACUACAACAACAACUACCCCAACGACCACGACUACCCCAACUACCACUACAACCCCAACUACAACAACUACCCCAACGACUACUACAACCCCAACGACCACAACUACCCCAACUACCACAACUACCCCAACUACCACUACUACCCCAACUACCACAACAACCCCAACGACCACAACUACCCCAACAACAACAACUACCCCAACGACCACUACAACUCCAACGACCACCACUACUCCAACAACAACAACAACGAUAAAGCCAUGUCACCCAGUUGACAAUUGUAGCAUGCACUACUCAUGUAGUUCCCAUGGCGACAAGAUUUGUUUACCAGGCUGGACUGGAGCGGACUGUGAAACGUUAUUACCAGGGGGAGUAGCAGAAUGUGACAAUUUUAAUUCUCUAGACUUUGUCCCGAGCGAGUGGACCGGAAAUUACACGUGCAAUGACAAUCAUGUGACUGUCAUCUUUAAAAUGAACAUCACGAAAUCUGACACUAUAGACACAGUCGGUGCCGUGUCUAUAGACGGACAUAGAUUCUCUAUGUCUGGGGCUUACGCUUAUGCAUUCAGGCUCUUAACGCUACAAAGCGAUCAUGUGAUCACAGAUGUUGUAGCGGGGAGAAAUUUUACGAAUGUUGAACUGGACGGGGAAUUGAAAUCACCAGUUUUUAUUGAGGGUUUUGUGAUUUUUACAUUAGAAACUGGGGCAUAUAGCUGUCCAGUUCAACUACGCAGAACCGCAGUUACAAAGGACUGGUGCAGUGGACAUGGACAUUGUUAUAGAUACGGUUCACGAAACGUUAAUGAUUAUAUCUGCUGCUGUGAUCAAGGAUACAAAGGUCAUAGCUGUGAAUUUGGACCUACAACCACUACCACCACAACAACACCUAUACCAUGCACGCCCAGGGACGACUGUUACAUGCAUUAUACAUGCGAUCCUCAUGGUCACAAGAUUUGUUUACAAGGCUGGACAGGGGUAAACUGUGAUACUAAAAUAACAGGUGGAGUUGCCGAGUGUGACAACUUUAAAUCGUCAGAACUCGUUCCAAGUGAAUGGACGGGAAACUACACGUGUAUAGCAGACGGCAUUAGAACUGUGUUUAGAAUGAACAUAACAAAAUCUGAUACUAUAGACACAGUCAGCUCUGUUUCUAUUUUGGGACAUCGAUUUUCGAUGUCCGGAGCAUAUGCUUAUGCGUUCCGCUUAUUGACGCUUCAAAAUGACCAGAUAAUAUCGGAAGAGGUAGCCGGCAGGAAUUUUACGAACGUGGAAUUAGAUGGAAAAGUAAUGAGCUCAGUUCUGAUUGAAGGCUACGUAGUGUUUACUGAUACUAUCGGGGACAGAGUUCAAUGCCCUGUUCAGUUAAGAAGAUUCGCAGUGAACAUAAACUGGUGUAGUGGUCAUGGAAGUUGUUAUAGAUAUGGUACCCAGCUGGAUGAACAUAAAUGCUGCUGUUCUAAUGGUUACUCUGGAGACAGUUGUCAGAUUGCUCCGUCCACCUCAACUUCUACAACAACAACAACAAGUACGACAACACAGACACCUAGAAUCACCACAACUCCAACAACCAAGCCAAGUACAUCCACAACUGCUUCAACCACCAAAUCUACAACAGCGUCCACCACUGCUGCAGUCAAAACACCAAGAAAAGUUGUGACAACCACGGCCAGUAGCACCACAGCCUCAACAUCAACAACAACUACAUCAAAACCUUCAACUUCCACGACUACAACUGUUAAACCUACAAGUACAAUGAGAGCUGCAACCACAUCAACCACUUCUGCUUCAACGUCAACAACUUCUCCAACUGUGGCAAAUACACCUUCUACUAAGAAAACAACUACAGCAUCAACCACAACGUCAACAACGACAAAACCGACAACAACAAGAAGGAAAACAACAUCUACAUCAACAACAACACCAAGUACAACAACACCAAGUACUACCACUACAUCCACAACAACAACAACAACUCCAAGCACAACUUCUUCAACAACAACAACAUCAACAAGUACAUCAACGACCACCACUACACCUUCUACAACAAGCACAACAACUUUAGCCACGACAACAUUGUCAGCAUGUCCGGGACAUUUCACAUGCUCAAGAUUAGGUCAGCAGAAAUGUCUACCAUGGUUCCAGGGACCAAACUGUAAUAUUCCAAUGUCUAGCCAAAGUGCAGUAUGUGCAAAAUAUGACAAUGCUGAUAAUAUUGCAAGUGUAUGGAACGGUAACUAUACAUGUGCAGCAGACGUGCAGACUACCAUUUUCUACCUUAGAGUUACUCAUUCUGGAACUGGGCCAGCUAUUCAAGGUCACCUUUUCAUUCAAGGUCAAGAAACAGUUUUCAGCGGAACUUUUGCGUCAUACCUAAAAUCCAUUACUUUACAGAGCACAGGAAAACAUAUGGAAAUCAGUGGUGUAUUGAAAACGCCUUUGAGGGUUGAGGGAGCUAUAGUUUUUAAAACUUCGGAACAUUCUAGGAAUGUUUGUCGACUAGAAAUGUCCAGAAUAGAUGGAAACCAAUGUGGUGCCACUUCACCAACAACACAAUUAACAACAACAACAGAAGUUCCGACAACAACAACACCAGUUACAUACUAUGAGGACAAGAUUUAUUCUGCCUACCUAGAAAUGGUAGAUGAAGAAUACAAUGUAACUAUUGUUGAGGACUUUAUUAAACAAGCUUGGAUUGAUGCCAAUGAUGAUUCGGUUGUAAGAAACAUAGACCUGAGUGUAACUGCCCUUGCUACUGCAAGCAUGUUUGAUGAAACAGGAACUGAUGUGUUAAAAAUAGACUACAGACUGAAGGUCGUGUUCCUGAUUGGUCAGUUGAAGGUUGUACAGCCAGGUUAUAGUGUACUAAAUACAGCACUGAGGAGGCACUACUAUACCAAGGUUUACAGCGGUGAUGUUUCACGACUCACUGACCUUAGAUACAGUUUUAGUAUCAUGAUCGAAGGCCCUCGACCAAGACCGACAACCAUUGCCAAGAUGGAAGAUAAAUUGUGUAACGUAUGGAUGGCCAAUAGCAGUGAGAGACAAUUGAAUUGCUCUGCCGGGGAUUUUGUCAGAGUUAUGAAAACGGAAGAAUAUAUUGGAGAUAAUGCCAUUGAGUUGACAAGGAUAGUUUACUACGUGGUUUACAAUCACACCUACCUUGAUCCUGCAAGAGUUACAGCCCCUGAUGACACUCUGAUAGAUAAAAGUAUCGAGAUGGGAGUGCAAGGCAUUGUGGUAUACGCUGGUUUCCUUGAACGUCGCUAUAGAUACCACUAUGAGGUCCUGAUUGAGAGCUACGUAUACAAAGAGAACAUUACUGACUUUACGUCUGCUAUUCAAAAUGAAUGGUCUACCAAUAAGAAAGAAUGCGCAGGUGAUGUGUGUAUAGUUCAUAUUAUAAGAGUCGAGAAAUAUCUUCUGAAUGGAAAUCAAGAAGUAUAUGGUCUGAUCUACUACGUUCAUAUCGGUGUUGACUUAUUGAGCCCUGUGGUGGUGUCGGCACCAAGUAUCACCAGAAAGUCAUUGAUGGUGAAUCAACCGGGAAUACUGACGCAGUACAAUGUUUACGAACUUGCGACUCGGGACAUGCUGUAUAGGUAUCGGUUCCACUGGGAAGUUAGCUUUGUCGGUAGCAUUGACCCGAGGGACGUUAUCAAACUAACGGCUCAGAUUAAUCGUGCUCUUGAAAACAAUACUCAAGGAUUCCAGUACAUUGCCAUGUUAAACAGAUAUACAGUAUCUUAUACAAAUUAUGGUAACCUCAUAUCAACAAUGAUAUUCUACCUCCAAGAAACAACCAAUCUGAAGAGAGUCGUUGACGUCCGGUCCAUAAAUAUAAUUAGUGACGCGAAUCUGUACCAGUACUUUCAAUCUCAUAAAGUCUACUAUGGUAGCCAGGACUUGUACAUUGUCUACACCCUCGGCUCCCUGCAAACGGAAGAUGUAACCCCCAUUUCUCAGCUGCACACUCUUAAUGUUGAUGGGUAUUUGGUAUCGGAAGACAAGACAAACUUUACUAAUUUGUUAGAAGCAUCUUGGAAUACAGUCGGAUCAGCCAAUCAUCAUAGCAGAUCAGUUAGAGGCAUUCGCCAUGAUUCAUCUAUCAUACCACCAAACAAUGGAUACAAAGUGGUCAUCUUCAAAGAGAGAGUGGGAUACAACUUGACUGGGGAAAUCGUUACAGAAUUCCGAUAUAAAGUCACUCAUCACGGGGAAAUCGUCGAUGCAUCUACAUAUUACUGGUUCUCGGCCACAGUAUCACAAUUUGUCUCACAUCAUUUUAACAUAGGGUACGGGUUCAGCAGAGAUUACACGUUAUUUCAAAGCAUGGUCGUGUAUUAUGAGGAUGAAUUGUAUCGACUAACAUUCACUACGCCUAUUGCCGAGUUGGAUUAUAAAAAGAUUGAGACUUCGAUCUUGACUGGACUUUCUUUGAGUUGGACAGAUUAUUCUUUAUAUAAGGAUACAUUGGAAGUGAAGAUAAUCUUCCAGGAACAAGUCUUCAUUGAAAGCAGGGUACUUUGGCAGAUUAAAUUUGCUGUACUGCAUGCUAGUAGAGACAUCUCUCCUAAAUUUGUACAUCACAUCACCGAGAAGCUGCUCGUACCAAGUUUCAGUGUGGUCGGUCAAAACCUUAGAAAGUACACUUUGUUUGAAGAGGCGUAUGAUGUCUACAGGGUCUUCCAUAGAAGUGUAGCUUUCACCUUGACCUUCACAGAAGCUGUUUAUGAAGCAGACUGGGCCAUGAUUGAAGCCAGUAUAAAGGCAGACUGGUGCUCACAUUUUGUAUCCGGUUGUUUCUGGUUGGUUGAUAUAAAGUAUCAAGAGCGUGUUGUGGACGAACAUGGGGUUCAUUACUGGAGGCUAGUUUACUUCAUCUACGAAAAUGUUGGCAGAAGUAUCGUGGUACAAAAUCCACAAACAACCGUGUGGCGGUUAUCGCAGUUCUCCUUCCGAAGUCGCUUUGGUUUUGACUAUCGUGUGCAGACAGACGGACGAACACUAUACAUGUUUGACUGGUUGUUCACAAUUUAUACUAACAGCAGUGUUGAUAUACAAACCAGAAGUCUUCUUCUCUCAUACAUUGAAUUAUACUGGAAAAUUGACUUUGAAAGGUAA